CCCCUCACCACAGCCGCAGGCCGCACCCGGAGAGCGGCCGCUCCGCCGCCGCCCGCGGCCCAGGUUUUACCAAGAGACAGUACAUCUAACACUUAACUUGGAUCAUCUCUUGUUCAUCAGCUUGAAAAUCAUAACAGCCCCCAAAACUGACAUUUGAUCUGAAAGAAAAAGCUGUGACAAAUGGACAAUAUGUCUAUUACUAACACACCAACAAGUAAUGAUGCUUGUCUGAGCAUUGUUCACAGCUUGAUGUGCCAUCGACAAGGUGGAGAGAGUGAAACUUUUGCAAAACGCGCAAUUGAAAGUUUAGUUAAAAAGCUAAAGGAGAAAAAAGAUGAAUUGGAUUCUUUGAUUACAGCUAUAACCACAAAUGGAGCUCAUCCUAGCAAGUGUGUUACAAUACAGAGAACGCUGGAUGGGAGGCUUCAGGUGGCUGGUCGCAAGGGAUUCCCUCAUGUGAUUUACGCUCGUCUUUGGAGGUGGCCUGAUCUUCAUAAAAAUGAACUCAAGCAUGUUAAAUAUUGUCAGUAUGCUUUUGACUUAAAAUGUGACAGUGUCUGUGUAAAUCCUUACCAUUAUGAGCGUGUAGUAUCGCCUGGCAUCGAUCUCUCAGGACUGACACUACAGAGUUCUGCUCCAUCAAGCAUGUUGGUGAAAGACGAAUACGUUCAUGACUACGAGGGGCAGCCGUCAUUGUCUUCUGCCGAAGGUCAUUCAGUCCAAACCAUCCAGCAUCCACCAAGUAACAGGGCAUCUACAGAGCCUUAUAGCACCCCAGCCAUGUUAGCUCCUACUGAGGCUAGCACUACCAGCACCACUAAUUUUCCCAACAUUCCUGUGGCUUCAACAAGUCAACCUACCAGUAUAUUGACAGGUAGCCAUAGUGAUGGACUCUUACAGAUUGCUUCAGGGCCUCAGCCAGGAACUCAGCAGAAUGGGUUUACAGCUCAGCCAGCUACUUACCAUCACAAUAGUACUACAACUUGGACUGGAAGUCGGACGGCAGCCUACACACCUACCAUACCUCACCACCAGAAUGGUCAUCUUCAGCAUCACCCACCUAUGCAUCCUGGACAUUACUGGCCAGUUCACAAUGAACUUGCAUUCCAGCCUCCUAUAUCAAAUCAUCCUGCUCCAGAAUAUUGGUGUUCAAUCGCAUAUUUUGAAAUGGACGUGCAAGUUGGGGAAACAUUUAAGGUCCCUUCAAGCUGUCCAAUUGUUACUGUUGAUGGAUAUGUGGAUCCUUCUGGAGGAGAUCGUUUUUGCCUGGGCCAGCUUUCCAACGUGCAUAGAACAGAAGCCAUUGAGAGAGCAAGGUUGCACAUAGGUAAAGGGGUGCAGUUGGAGUGCAAAGGAGAAGGUGACGUGUGGGUUAGAUGCCUCAGUGACCAUGCGGUCUUCGUUCAGAGUUACUACCUGGAUAGAGAAGCAGGGCGCGCACCGGGGGAUGCUGUUCACAAGAUUUACCCAAGUGCAUAUAUAAAGGUGUUUGAUUUACGCCAGUGUCAUCGUCAGAUGCAGCAGCAGGCUGCCACUGCCCAAGCUGCUGCUGCUGCUCAAGCUGCAGCAGUAGCCGGAAACAUCCCUGGACCAGGAUCAGUAGGUGGAAUAGCCCCAGCCAUUAGUUUGUCAGCUGCUGCUGGAAUUGGUGUAGAUGACCUUCGCCGCUUAUGCAUACUCAGGAUGAGUUUUGUAAAAGGUUGGGGACCUGAUUAUCCAAGACAGAGCAUCAAAGAGACACCGUGCUGGAUUGAAAUUCACUUACACCGUGCCCUCCAGCUUCUAGAUGAAGUACUUCAUACCAUGCCUAUUGCAGACCCACAACCUUUAGACUGAGAUCCCUCUGCUGCACUGCUGUGGGCCAUUAUAUUGUGAGGAUGGUGGAUUGUAAAAUACAAUUCUGUUUAUAACCUGAAGAUAUAUUUUACUUUUGUUCUGCUUAAUCUUCUAAAACCAGGUUUUAAAAAUGUGUUUGCCGCCUUGCUCUUAGCAGAAAGAAACUGAACAUGCAGAAUUUGGAUUUCAGUUAUUUUCAGAACUUAAUUGUCAUAACACAUGGCUCAGGGCUUAAAGUGAAAGGUAAACGCCUUAUAGAGACUUUACAGUAUUGGGUUUGUUCCCUUUGAAACUUUCCUUCUCUAUUAUGGCAUCUUGGUGAUAAGCCUCACGGGAGCCUUUUGUACGCAGAAUAUAUAUUAUAUAUAUAUUUAUAUCUGAAAAUUCCUUCUAAUAGUUAUAAACAUUUACCUUACAGCAACUUUAAAAUUCCAACUGAUUUGUGAUGUUCUUUUUAGGGAACAAUAGUUAACAGAAGACUUCUUUAUUUUAUUGACUAUCUUGUUAUGAUUUUUCCAGAUUAAAACGUAGAAGCUGCCAAAAAGUGAGGGAUGAGACAUACGUUGUUGGCAUUGAUUAAAAAUAGCGAGGAAAAGAAAUGUGGCUUUUCCUUCACUAGUUUUUAAAAAAGAUAUCUUAGAUUUUUAUUUAUAUAGACACGUGAGUUUUAAAACACUAAAGGAAAUGGAUACUUUCAGUGCUGGCACUCAAUUUAAAUAUAACAUGAAAUACCCAGUCUGCAAAGUUGCCACUGAAAUUGCAUAAUGAGUACCUAAUGGCAGGAACAUAUUUUCAUAACUACUACUGACUUCUAUGAUUUUACUCAAGUAAAACUUGGCAGGUAUUUUAAAAAGUUGCAUGACUUUUUACUUCCAUAUACCAUUAAAUCAUGUGUAAUACUACAUCAGUAUUUAGGAUCCAGUUUUUGUAUCUGUUCACCAUUUCCACUCAGGGCAAGAUGGCAAACUUGUUUUUAUACCUCUCGGUUAUUUUAAGCCCUAUGCCAUCAAUGACCGUAUCAAUUGGCAAUGACUUUGUAUAGAGAAUUUAUAGUAGAAAAAAUGCAAAUGUAUUGACUGUAUGACAGAUACAAUAUGUAUGCUUUCUCUCUAGUUAAUAGUAUAAAUAAAAUUAUGAAAACCCUGAUUUUUAUAAAUUUAGUUUGCUUCUAUUAUGUAAUUCUGCACCUUGAAACCAUUGAUCUUGAGUGAUGGAUUACUUUCCUUUGCAAGACCGGCGGCAGCAGCAGCAGCCAGUAGUGGUAGGAAUUUUUGUUCGUUUAAACUUGCCAGGAAGCAAGGCCGAUUUUUCUUACUUUCACUGCUUCUCAGUAAAAGCAUGUCCUGAGGGUAUCUCUCUUGGCUAUUUGAUGGGGUAUGAAGAGGGAGCAGGAAUUCCUUAUUUUUCAGCAUGCGUGUAGGGAGUUGGAGCUUAGUUAAACUGGCUUAGAAGUACGUAGACUCCGACUUAAGUCCUUCAAGCGCUGCCAGUUUGGUCUGCCUGCCGUGCUGUACUGAGCCGGCCUGGCAGCACAGCUGUAGUGGUUAACAUAAGUAGAAGUCUUUGGAAGAGAUUAUUCAGAAGCUUUUUGCCAAGUUUCUUGCAUAGUUUCAGGAAUCUGUAGAGGGCUAUGACACACGGUGUUUAGGUAUUGCUUCCCCCAUACUCUGAAAUUCUUACGAAAGAAGUCAGCAGUCGUUGUUUCUGUCUCAGGCGUGGAAGCGCAGAAGACAGAUGACUUCGGAGUGAUGGCCAGAAAUGGAUGAGUUUUCUCUGUAUUUUCAUUAACAGUGUUGCCUUCUUCAGACUAACUUCUUAAUGAGCUCGCUUUUUUUUCCCCUCUUAUGUGGCAGCUUCUUGAUGUUUGGAAAAACAGCGUUUGCUUUUCUCAAGGCCUUUAGUUUAAAACCUUUUUCAUUUUCCUUUCUCUCCUAAUGAUCUAGUUUGUGCGAAAAGCAAGCUUCUUCAGAUUCUUGACGAACGCUUUCAGUAGAGGAUUCUGACUACACCCUCAGAGAAGCUUAUUAACCAGCAGCUCGGUUACUCUUCAUCCACAACAGAAAACUUGCUUCGGGGGAAGAAAUGAAAAGCCUGACUACACGUUCUUCUUGCCAACCUCCCUUUUGAAUUGUUGGCCCUGCUCUUACUGCUGGGUUCGAGGUGCCUCGGCUUUUGGGAAGCAUCUGCCCUUCUGACUGAUGAAUGGCUUGUAACACACCGUUCAUUUGAUUAGGAGUCCAUGAACUUACUCCCUGUUUAACUUUGUGGUUUUGCAAGGUGCUUAUCUGGGUGGAUGACUGAUCUGUAUACGGCUACUUCACAGAAAACCCUCUGUACCAGUUGCUUACCUUUUGAUUGUGUCAAACUUUGAUAAAAUAGUGAAAGAUUGCUUCUGCCUGUUGGUGUUCUUGCCUGUAUUACAGUCUGAAAGAAUUCAGCUGUUAAGACUAGGGUUUUUUUGCAGAUGUUUUGCAAGUCUCCUUAAGUCCCUACCUUCAGUGAAUGGUACCUACAGUGUAGUAUUUACACGGCCAAAAACCUUCAGAAUAGAACAACAAAAUAAUAUCAGAUGAGUUUAUCAGAACCAAGAAAUCACAGGCUCCACAUCUGGAGAAGUCUGAACGUUGUGUGAGGCAGUAAAAAUACUGAAGUGGCAUUCAUCUUAUCCAGCGGGCACGUACCGAUAAGAUGCAAUCGUAACUGUUCAAGGGCAAAAUGAGAGACUCGCAUUCUUAGUUUUUAAUAUGCCUUUAACUUAAUUUUUGUACUUUUAUUUCUUAUGACAAGGCGCAAAAGGCAGCGCAUAAUGGAUUGGAAACCCUUCAGCAGCAGCACAUUGAAUCUUUGACAGUCUUGCAUUUAUGUCUUUUUCUGAGAUUCAAAAAAGAGCUACAGCUCCUUGGCAGCCGUGACGAUCCCCAUACGCACUGUAGGCAGGGAUGUCAAGAAUGCCAGAAUCGCGUCUCCUCUUCAGCUCUGAAAAAUCUCAAGUUCAGUGAAUUCAACAAGUAUUUUUUCAGCUAGCAAUCUCUUCACGAUCCCGUUCCCAUGUCUGCUCUGCUUAGUUCUUUCGAUGAAGUAAUUACCCCUGUGUUUCUCACCCUCAGUUAUGCGCUCCUCAAAAAAGGCAUUGUGCUGGAGUACUUUUGUAAUGUCGCUUCAUGUACUGGAGAGCUGGGAUUAGCACCGGAAGGUUUAGACGGCUUUAGCCGUGUUAUUGUUAGUUUUGAAAGCGAGGGCGUUUAAAGUUAACAGGGUAGAGAUGUAGGAGAGGAAACCUUUUCGCUGGAACGGUUUAAAAAUACACAAUUCGAACAGGAAUCCCUUGGACGGAGCUGUAACGGCUAAGCGGUGCUGGUUAGAAACGGUUGUUCCUUGCGUCGCUCUUCUGGGCUUGAUGAGGACGAUGUGCUGAGGGAGCUGACCCCACUGGCUGCGAUAGCAAUCGCUUCAUUAAGGGCUCUGGCGUACCGAAGACCUGGGAAUUACUCUGGCUGCUUUAUAGAGAGGGACCGAAAGCAGGAAGGAGACAGCGGUCUCCCCCAGUCACCCAGCAGGUCUGUAGCAGCAGUAGUCGUUGAACCUGUGUCCAACUCCUGUGCCUUACCUUUUGAGACCAUCUUACUUCUCGUGACACUUUCCGAAGACGACCGUGUCCUCUCUGCGUAGCUCAGGAACGACUGCCUCAAUUCUUUUACUAGGAACCAUUAAAAAAUUCCUAUGCCAGUGUAUAUAGGGGGGGCUUCUGCCUCUGAACCCUUCAAAUGUUGUUUACGUCUUGAUGGUGGUCUUUAUUGAGACAUCUUUAAUCUCUUCUUUGAAGAGUAAGCGCUUUAGAAAGGACUGUCUCCUUGAUUUGCAUUUUUACUCUGCUACGCGGAGUGACUGGGAUCGCUGGUCACUUCUUUAAUGCAACCAGUUAAAGACAGCCAGAUGGGUGUUCCUCUAAGUGGGAUUCAGACUUCAUUUAAGAAAUCCUCUUCCCCCCGCCGCCCCCCUUCUCCUGUCAGGCCCCAUGCUACUCAACAUCUGCUCUGUAAAAUGGUAAGACGCUUAGUUGUCAGGUAUUGUUAAGGACACAGUUUUUGAGAGGUUACUUUCUCUUUGUUUUCUAAAGUAAGACUUAAACAUGAGAAGCGACGGUCUUGCCUGGUCCUGCUGAUAACGGGAGCGUUUCCAUGACUGCUGACAGGUUUUUGAGGACCGUGGCGCUGUUCUUGGGACUGAGAUUUGCAAGUUGCCUGUCGUAGGGCAUUUGCGUUAUUCACGAGCACUAAGCUGCUUGCUUCUGCCCCUGACGCGGCUGCUCGGCACUUUGGUCCCGGACAGGGAAACGAAACCACUGGAAAGCACUUCUCCACCAGUCACGUAGGAGCUGGAUGCUGAACGUGUCCUUGCGUUGUGUCAUCCAGCUCCAAAACGCCCUUCUCGAUCGUGCGUUUCUGAAAACGAUCUGGGAGGCGCGACCGCGCCGAGUCAAAGCUGCCGCAUACGAUGCUGCUGAGGUCCCCAAGAACUGGCUUGGCGCUUCAGUGCUGUGAAAGCUUCACUUGGUGAGAGCUGGUGGAAAGCAGAACUGCUGCCGACAAAAUCUCAAGAGGUUUUGGCGCUGUUGGCUGCUGUUGUGCCUUGUGAGUCAUACAUCGCUCCUAAAUUUACAGGACUUAAUUCUUUCAAGCUCACCAAAAUCACCUAGCGCUUUCUUGCUCCAGUACCUUUUUCUGUGUCUUUGUGGUGAAGUUUGGUAGCACUACGAAGUUGUGAUUCGGCUGGAUUGAGAGCUGCGAAGUACCCGUAACCCAAAACUCACCGUGAGAGGGUUUUUUGAGCAUGAAAGCCUAGUUAAGCAUUUCUUCUUUUAGCCAUUGCCUUUUGAUAAGCGGUCAACAGAAUUCCCAGUAGUUCCUUUGUAGCUUACUGUAUGUUUUUCAUUAGACCUAGUUUGUGGAUAAUAUACUGUAGUUAACUUUCCUGAAAUUCUGUAACAGAGUAUGUUUUUGAUUAAAAAAGGUAAAGAUUCAA